AGGGAAAGUCUCCUGCACCUGCCUGGCUUUUCUUUCUCACUGAAUCCUCGGAGAGCAGAAAUACCCAUGAUGAUCCAGCAGCAGCUGAGACAGCUCCUGCCAGAGAGGAAGGUGGACACUUCUGCUGCCCUCUCCCUGCUGGGUGGCUCUGUGGCAGCCCUGGUGGUCUGGAAAUGGCUGGGCAAAAAGAUGGUCCAGAAGAAAAUGGAAGAGGCUCGGAGGACCCGGGAUGAGGGAUUGAAGAAAAUGGCAAAGGCUGUCCAGCAGUUCAGGGAGCAGGUCCCCAGCGUCCAGAGGGAUGCCAUUCUGUCCCUGCCCCUGCUGGAACUCACUGCAAAACUCCAGGAAGGGUCUCUGUCCCCCAGGACUGUCCUCUACACCUACUUAGAGAAGGCCCUGGAAGUGACCCAGGAGACAAACUGCUUGCGACACUUUAUCCCAGAGUGUGAGCAGCAGCUCCAGGAAAUAGAAGGGCACAAGGAGAAGGGGCUGCUCUACGGCAUCCCUGUCAGCAUCAAGGAUCACAUCGGCCACAAGGGCCAGUUGGCAACCUGUGGGCUUGUGCAGUUCCUGGGCACUCUGAUGGAGGAGGACAGCGUCCUGGUCAAGGUCCUGAAGAGACAAGGGGCCAUCCCAUUUGCAAUGACCAAUGUGCCACAAUCCCUCUUCAGCUACAGCUGCAGCAACCCCAUCUUCGGGCAGACGCUGAACCCUCUGAACCGGCAGCGGAGCCCCGGGGGCUCCUCGGGCGGGGAGGGCGCUCUGAUCGCGGGGGGAGGCUCCGUGCUGGGCGUGGGCUCCGACAUGGGCGGCAGCAUCCGCCUGCCCUGCAGCUUCUGCGGGCUCUGCGGCCUCAAGCCCACGGCCGGCAGGCUCAGCCUGUCUGGAGUGACUGGCCCUGUCAAUGGCAUCCUGGCAGUGCCCUGUGCCCUGGGGCCCAUGGCCAGGGACGUGGACAGCCUGGCCCUGUGCAUGAAGGCGCUGCUCUGCCAGGAGAUGUUCCAGCUGGACCCCACCGUGCCCCCCAUCCCCUUCAACGAGCAGGUGUACUCCAGCUCCACUGCCCUGCGGGUCGGGUACUACGACACCGACGGCUACUUCCCGCUGCCCCCCUGCAUGAGGAGGGCAGUGAAGGAAACCAGGCGUGCUCUGCAGGCAGCUGGGCACCAGCUGGUGCUCUUCUCUCCUCCCCGGGUCCCCUAUGUCAUGACUGAACUGUUUAUGAAGACGUUUUUUGCUGAUGGAGGCCAUACCUGGCUGGAUGUGUUCACAGGAGAUAUUGUAGAUCCAGGCCUGAAACCCCAGGUGAAUUCCUGCAAGAUGCCGAGGCUGGUGAAGAAGCUGCUGGCUCUGCUUCUUAAACCUCUGUUUCCCCGCCUGGCUGACUACCUGAGUGCCUUGGCUGGAAUGAGGUCAGUGAAGGAGAUGUGGAAUCAUCACCAUCAAAUACAGGAGUACCGCGCCCAGUUCAUCGCCCAGUGGAAGGAGCUCCAGCUGGACGUGGUGCUGUGCCCCGUCCUGGGCCCUGCCUUCACCACGGGAUACCCUGGGAAACUGCUCACUGCCAUCUCCUCCACGAUGCUGUACAAUGUCCUGGACUUCCCUGCCGGGGUUGUUCCUGUCAGCACCGUGACAGAGGCUGAUGAGGAAGAGCUGAAGCUCUACAAAGGAUGCUGUGAUGACCCCUGGGACCGGACACUGAAACAGGCCGUGUCAGGAGCCGUGGGGAUGCCCGUGGCCGUGCAGUGCGUGGCUCUGCCGUGGCAGGAGGAGCUGUGCCUGCGCUUCAUGAAGGAGGUGGAGACCCUCAGCCGUGACCAGAGACUGGCGUAGUCACCGUGGCGCCAAGGAGAAGGGACAGUGCUGCACGACUGCCACCAGCAGUGCAGAGACCACUGUGAGCAGGGCAGGAGGAGGGAAACGCCACCUGCUGACCCCUCUGCUUGCCAAUCAACACAGAUCCUGCAAGGAACCGAGAUGUCCUGCAGCACUGCCUUAAGACAGGCUCAAACUGGUAAAUCUAGGAACUGCACUUCUGGCAAGGAUGGCCAUGGCUGUGUGCUCACCCCUUCACCCCUAUUCCCACCAGUGCUGCCUCCUGCAGAAGCAGGGCGGUGCUGAGAGGAAAGGAUUACAAAAGUUCAACAGUAUUCUCUUGCUGGCACUGGAGUAACUUUGUGUGGAUGUAACUGUGGGCUGCCUCAUGAGGUUUACAGCCCUGUCUAUUACUUCCCACCACUGUAUUUUGCUCAGAAAAAUAAAAAUGUAACUAUUAGGCAACU